AUGCUCCAAGAGAGGUUGCGCGUGCUCGUUGUGGGCAACGGUGGUCGCGAGCAUGCCUUUGCCUGGAAAUUGAGCCAAUCGCCUUUGGUCGAUAUCGUCCAUGUUGCUCCUGGAAACGGUGGUACUGGAAAGGCGGCAUCCCAUAAGAUCGUUAACACCAACGUCAAAUCCGAUGAUUACCCAGGCCUCGUCGCGUUCGCUCAGCAGAACAAUGUCAACCUAGUCGUCCCAGGUCCCGAAGCGCCUCUGGUAGAUGGAAUUCAGGAAUAUUUCAAGGCUGUCGGUAUUAGGUGCUUUGGCCCGUCGAAAGCUGCCGCAAGAAUGGAAGGCUCGAAAGCGUUCUCGAAAGAUUUCAUGAAGCAACAUCAGAUUCCAACCGCCGAGUACGAGAAUUUCACCGAUUACGAAGCCGCUCGCAAAUACCUUGACUCGGUGAAUCACAAUGUAGUCAUCAAAGCUAGCGGUUUGGCUGCUGGAAAAGGCGUCAUUCUACCCACGACCAAGGAGGAGGCACAUACUGCGCUCCGAGAGAUCAUGCUAGACCAUCAAUUCGGCGACGCCGGCAAUGAGGUUGUGAUUGAAGAAUACCUCGAUGGAGACGAAGUCAGUAUUUUGACAUUCAGUGACGGUUAUACCAUCAAAUCCCUUCCACCAGCACAGGACCACAAGCGUAUUUUCGAUGGAGAUCAAGGACCAAACACGGGAGGUAUGGGCUGUUACGCCCCUACCCGCAUCGCUUCGAAGCAUGAUCUCGAACACAUCGACCGAACCAUCAUCCAGCCUACAAUCGAUGGAAUGAGAAGAGAAGGAUAUCCAUUUGUCGGAAUCCUCUUUACGGGUUUGAUGAUAACCAAGAACGGCCCUAAAGUGCUCGAGUACAACGUUCGCGGAGGUGACCCCGAAACACAGACUAUUCUCCCCCUUCUCAGUGCCAACACAGAUUUGGCAGAGAUCAUGGUUGCAUGCACAGAGCACUGGCUAGAUGGAGUGUCAAUUGUCAUCGAACCCAAAUUCUCAACGACAGUGGUUGCAGUAGCGGAAGGCUACCCAGGAUCGUACGCAAAGGGCCGUACAAUCACACUGGAUCCUACACCAAAUGACACCGUGAUAUUCCAUGCUGGAACUUCCCUCAUCGACAACGAACUCAAGACAUCUGGUGGCCGCGUGAUUGCAGCGACAUCUGUAGCAUCCUCCCUCGAAGAUGCUGUUCGCAAGAGCUAUGAAGGCAUCGCUACGAUCCACUUCCAAGGCAUGCACUAUAGAAAAGACAUUGCCCACCGCGCCUUCCGUACUGCUCCAAAGCAAAACGAGAGUCUCACAUACGCCAGCGCCGGAGUCUCUAUCGAUGCUGGAAACGCACUCGUCAACAAGAUCAAAGCCUCGGUGGCUCGCACUCGCCGGCCUGGCUCUGAUGCAGUCAUCGGUGGGUUUGGCGGCACCUUUUCUCUGCCAGCAGCCAACUCUGCCUACCACCCAAAUUCCCCAACCCUGAUCGGAGCCAUCGAUGGUGUUGGGACAAAGCUCAAGAUCGCCCACGCUGUCGGAAUCCAUGACACCGUCGGAAUCGACCUGGUAGCCAUGAAUGUCAACGACCUGGUCGUCCAAGGCGCCGAGCCCCUAUUCUUCCUCGACUGCUAUUCCUGCGGCAAACUUGAAGUCGAGGUAGCUGCAGACUUUGUGACUGGUGUCGCUGAAGGCUGUGUCCAAGCUGGAUGCGCGCUAAUCGGUGGCGAAACCGCCGAAAUGCCAGGCCUUUUCCUCGACGGUGCAUACGACGCCGUUGGUGCCGCAGUGGGAGCCAUCAACACGAACGGUCCAAACAGCCGCACCAUUCUCCCUAACACCACAGCCAUGAAACCAGGCGACAUCCUACUCGCUCUGGCCUCCGCCGGCGUCCACUCCAACGGAUUCUCUCUCGUGCGCAAAAUCGUCGAGAAGUCCGGUGUGGGAUACAACGACGCCGUGCCAUUCUCCUUCACAUCGCAACACCACAAGCCAAGCACCCUCGGGACAGCCCUCCUCACGCCAACACGCAUCUACGUUAAACCGCUCCUUAAAGCGCUCACCAUCCCUUCCUCCCAACACACCUCCUCGCCGGCGGCCAUCAAGGGCAUGGCACACAUCACCGGCGGCGGGCUGAUCGAAAACGUACCGCGCAUGCUUCCACCCACGCUCUCCGCGCACAUCGACGUCUCGACAUGGACCCUACCACCCGUUUUCCAAUGGCUCAAGAAAAUCGGCAACGUGUCGUCGCAGGAAAUGUCGCGCGCGUUCAACUGCGGCGUGGGCAUGGUGCUUGUUGUAGACCGGGACUGUGCUGAGACUGUCCAGCAGUUGCUUAGCAGUGAAGGGGAGACUGUGUAUCGGGUCGGGGAGUUGAAGGUUCGACAAGAUAGUGAUGACGGAUGUGUAUUGGCUGGGUUGGAGAAAUGGGAUUAA